AUGGGUGUCUCUACCGUGAUCACUGCUGUAGUGCUAGGACUCGCAGUAGUGUCCUACAUUAUCGGAAAUGUCGUUUACAAUAUUUUCUUCCAUCCCUUGUCAGGAUACCCAGGGCCCAAGCUCUGGGCCGCGACGAGAAUCCCACACUCCUACUAUUGGGUCAAGGGCACGCUCUUCAUCAAAGUGGGCGAAAUGCAUCGGGAAUACGGGAAAGUCGUGCGCAGCGCACCGAACGAACUAUCAUUUAUUCACGAGGAGGCCUGGAGAGACAUAUACGGCCUUGCUCCCGGAAAGGCACCCUUGCAAAAAGAUACAUCCUACGCCAUUCCAAACCAGGAGUCGGUGGGAAUCGUGGCGUGCCAGAAUCGCGAGGACCAUCAGCGCAUCCGUCGAAAUUUCUCCCAUGCCUUCAGUGCCAAAGCAUUGUACGAGCAAGAGUCCAUCAUGGGCCGGCAUUUCGACAAAUUGAUGACGAAACUCCAUGGGGUAGCAGAUUCGGGGGCUCAGGACCUUUACAAAUGGUACAGCUACACCAGUCUCGACAUCAUCAGCGCGCUGACGUUCGGUCAAUCUUAUAAUUGCCUGGACUCUCUGUCGUACCCCGAAGUCUUUGGCAAACUAGGUAAAUUUGUCAUGAACCGCGUACUCCUCGGCGCUGCCACCCACUAUCACCCAUUGAUUCUUUGGGGGCUCUUACGCUGGGCCCCAGUCGAAGUCCGGAAUGGGAAGAUGGAAUGGCAUCGCCACAUCAGAAAUCUCCUAGAUGCUCGGCUCGCUACUAAAGAGGCAGGGCAUGAUUUCACUUCCUAUGUAAUUCGCCACUUCGAUAGACCCACUGGUCUGAAAAUGGCCGAAGUACAGGCCACCUACGCAUCGUUCAUUCUUGGCGGCUCCGAUACAGUGGCCAUAACCCUGGCCACUGCCACGCACUACUUGCUCACGAAUCCUGUCGUUCUGGACAAGCUCAAACUGAAAGUCCGCAGCGCGUUCACUUCUGAGGCCGACAUAACCAUUGCGCAGGUAACCAAUCUGAAAUAUCUCUUGGCAGUCAUUGACGAAGCCAUGCGGAUCAACCCAGCAUUGGCAGAUGGGCAAACUCGUGUAACUGGUCCUGAGGGGCUCAUAGUCGCUGGGGAGCACAUCCCUGCACACACCUCGCUUUCUGUCAGCCCCUGGUCUGCGAUGAGAUCCCCGCUACAUUUCCGCCAUCCUGAGGCUUUCGUGCCAGAAAGGUGGCUGUCAAGCAAGGAACCUAUCUACCACGACGACAACAAAAGCAUGCUCCAGCCAUUUGGCAUGGGUGCGCGGCAUUGCCCUGGUUCAAAGUACUGA